AUUAAUAGAGCAAGGACAGAUACAUCAAUCGAACUCCGAGCAUAAUCGUCGUCUGUCUUGCUGCUGAGGAAAACCGCUGAAAACUCCGAUCGGCGAUCUUGAGAGUCCGAGCUAAUGUCAGGGAUGGAGAGAUUGCAGUGGAUGUUUGCCGGUGCUGGAGGCGCUUUGGGUGGCCAGCCACCGCCGGAUUGGCCGACUCUUGAUUCAUCGGAGCAGGUCUACAUCUCCUCUCUCGCCCUCCUCAAAAUGCUCAAGCACGGUACUUUUUCUCUCUCUAUCUCUCUUCUUCCUCCUUACUCCAUUUCUUUGAAUACAUCUGAGCGUCUCUGUCCAGCUCAACUGUUUAUGAAAACCAGGUGGUGAAAAUCUAGAAGGAAAUCUAACCUUGUCAACUGUUAAACUAUCUCACUAUCUCAAGAAAUCACCCACAAUUUUGUAAUUGCAGAAAGUGGAGAGUUAUUGUCGGCCAAAGGAGAAUAAAAAGGAAAUUUUGAA